GUACAUGGCAAAUUCCUGCAGACAGUGAGGAUGAAGAGCUCUUAAUCAGUAGAUUAAAGCCCUUUAAUUGAUUAUUUUGAUAGUGAUUGUCGUUCAACGUUAAAACGAUGACUUCAAAGGACCCGAAUGCAUCAAAUAGUGCCUUGCUUUAUUUGAUUUAUCAGCAUUUAAAGGAGAAUGGUUACCAGAAGGCUGCAAACGUGCUGAAAAAACAUGUAACUCAGAUAGAAACACCAGAAGAGAUCACCUCUUUACAUGCCAUCUACACAAGUUGGACCAAGGUCUCAGAAAUCGGACAAAAUCCGAAACAAGAGCCUGAAGUGGAUUCCACCACCCUGAAGAAGAUUAAGGCCGAUCCAUCUACCAAAGAAGAUGUGGACUCAAAACCAAUUGAUCCUCUACCUCCAGCUCCUCACACACCCCAGGCUGCAACCCCAGAGAAUGAGGAGCUGGUCCCACAGGAUGAGAAGUUGUCAUCUACUCCAGUCAGUAACGGGACAGUGGAAACAUCAGCGCCUGUCCCAGCGGUCACCCCUUUAAAACCAGCAGAGAGCUCAGACAGUGACUCUGAGAGCGAAGAGGAGAUUCCCUUCACACAGGGAGCUACUGUCUCCCCAAAGGCCUCUUCAGCUGUCCCUACCACCACGCCCUCAAAACCUGCAGACAGUGACAGCCAAUCAGACAGUGAGAAUGAGAUUCCUCCAUCACAGACUGUUGUCACUCCCAGUAAGGCCUCAGCUCCCAGUAAGACUCCAGCCACCCCUACAGCUCCCAGUAAGAUUCCAGCCACCCCCACAGCUCCCAGUAAGACUCCAGCCACCCCUACAGCUCCCAGUAAGACUCCAGCCACCCCUACAGCUCCCAGUACAGCAGAGAGUUCAGACAGUGAUGACUCAGACAGUGAAGAGGAGGUCACUGUCAAGAAACUAACAUCUAAAGCUGCUCCCAAGACUCCUGCUGUAGGGAAGAAAGCACAGAGCUCUGACAGCGACAGCUCCGACUCAGACAGUGAGGAGGAGCCUACUAAAAAGAACCCUGUGGCAACACCCAAAAAAGCCAAGCCUGUGGCUGCAACUCUGGUCAAGGCAGACGCAGUGAAAUGCACCCCUGUUAAAAAACCAACAGACAGCUCAGAAAGUGACAGUGAUGACACUGAGGAGGAGGUUCCUGUAAAGAAAUCAGCACAGACACCGAAAGCUGCUCCUGUGAAACCAGCCAAGCCGAGCCCAGCAGCCCCAGUGAAGCCCAGUGUAGUCACCCCCAGUCAGGCUAAAGCUGCUCCCAAGACUCCUGCUGUAGGGAAGAAAGCACAGAGCUCUGACAGCGACAGCUCCGACUCAGACAAUGAAGAGGAGGCUCCUAAGAAAGUGACACCUAAGACCAAGCCGGGGGCAGCUGCUCCACUUAAGGCUGUAGCAGUGAAAACACCAGAACCAGUGAAGUCCAGCAAACCAGCUAUCACUCCCUCAAAACCAGCAGAGAGCUCAGACAGUGACAGCAGUGAGGAUGACAUUCAUCUCACACAGACUCCUGCUAAAGUCAUAAAGGCAGCUCCCAGUAAGAUUCCAGCCACCCCUACAGCUCCCAGUAAGGCCUCAGCUCCCAGUAAGACUCCAGCCACCCCUACAGCAGAGAGUUCAGACAGUGACGACUCAGACACUGAAGAGGAGGUUACUGUCAAGAAACCUGCACUGACACCCAAAGCUGCUCCUGUGAAACCAGCCAAGCCGAGCCCAGCAGCCCCAGUGAAGCCCAGUGUAGUCACCCCCAGUCAGGCUAAAGCUGCUCCCAAGACUCCUGCUGCAGGGAAGAAAGCACAGAGCUCUGACAGCGACAGCUCCGACUCAGACAGUGACGAUGAGUUAACUGUAAAGAAAUCAGCACAGACACCGAAAGCUGCUCCUGUGAAACCAGCCAAGCCGAGCCCAGCAGCCCCAGUGAAGCCCAGUGUAGUCACCCCCAGUCAGGCUAAAGCUGCUCCCAAGACUCCUGCUGUAGGAAAGAAAGCACAGAGCUCUGACAGCGACAGCUCCGACUCAGACAGUGAGGAGGAGGCUCCUAAGAAAGUGACACCUAAGACCAAGCCGGGGGCAGCUGCUCCACUUAAGGCUGUAGCAGUGAAAACACCAGAACCAGUGAAGUCCAGCAAACCAGCUAUCACUCCCUCAAAACCAGCAGAGAGCUCAGACAGUGACAGCAGUGAGGAUGACAUUCAUCUCACACAGACUCCUGCUAAAGUCAUAAAGGCAGCUCCCAGUAAGAUUCCAGCCACCCCUACAGCUCCCAGUAAGGCCUCAGCUCCCAGUAAGACUCCAGCCACCCCUACAGCAGAGAGUUCAGACAGUGACGACUCAGACAUUGAAGAGGAGGUUACUGUCAAGAAACCUGCACUGACACCCAAAGCUGCUCCUGUGAAACCAGCCAAGCCGAGCCCAGCAGCCCCAGUGAAGCCCAGUGUAGUCACCCCCAGUCAGGCUAAAGCUGCUCCCAAGACUCCUGCUGUAGGAAAGAAAGCACAGAGCUCUGACAGCGACAGCUCCGACUCAGACAGUGAGGAGGAGGCUCCUAUAAAGAACUUUCUUAAACCUGAAUCUACUACCAAGCAGAAAACCACCCCAACCUCAACCCCAAGCAAGGCCAAAGCCACUCCUAAGGCCCCAGCAGCAGCUGCUAAGAUGGAGAGUGACAGCUCAGACAGUGAGGAAGAGGCUCCAGCCAAGCACGCCCCUGCCAAGCCCACUCCCAGCCCGGCUAAAACCACACCCAAGGCCCCUGCUGCAGCUAAGAAGGGCGACAGCUCGGACAGUGACACGUCUGACACUGAUGAGGGCAAGCCAGCUCAAAAAGUCAUUGCUGCCUCCAUAGCCCAAGUUUCAACUCCAGUACAGGAGGAUUCCUCCGACAGUGAGGAUGAAGAAAAACCAUCGAAACUGGAAUGCACACCAUCUGAGAAAGAUGACACCGCGGCUCCUACAUCAGAAGAGACAGCUGUCACUCAAACCCAGGCCACGCCUCCUGCUGGCAAGGAGGAAGGUGCAGAGGAACACAGUCCAGCAGAGAAAGUUGAAACCGUUCCAGUCAUACCUACAACUGAAGCAGCAGCUGAGGAUCCAACCGAUAUUGAAGGAUCUCCUCCUGAAGUCCCUGAGGUGGACACACCCCCUGCUUCUGGGCCAGAGAGUGCAAAGGAGGAGGAGGCCCCAGAGAGUCCCCAGAAGAUCCUAAAGACAGACUCUACUUCAGAGAAGCCCAAGACAGAGGAUCAGAUAGUGACCUCUACAACAUCAGAGGACAAGAGUGACACCCCUGAACUCCCGUCAGAAGCCCCUGCUACUGCUGCCGAGAUCGGAACUGCUGUAGAAGAGGAAUCAAAGGAGUGUGUUGACACAAUUAUCCCCAAUUCAGCAUCUGAAGACUUGGAGCCUGAAAAAGUGACCAUUGAGCCAGUUGUUGAGACGACCCCCACAGAGACAGAGGAACCACCCACAGAGGAGCCAACCAAUGAUACCCCAACACCUGGAUCAAAGAGGAAGAGGAGUAAAGAGACAACCGACACAACUCCCAAGAAGAAGAAGAAGAAGAAGAAGAAAGGAGAGGUUGAGGAGAAUGGGCAACCUGCAGUAAAGGAGGAUGGUGACGAGUCCAGUCUGGACACCAAGUGGUUGGAGCUGACUCCAUCAGAUGAUUCCAAGGUGGACGCCAACCUGGCUACAGAGUCUGGCUCCACCACUCUUGUUCUGUCAGCAAAGUCCCUCAAGAAAAAGAAAAGAAAGAGGGCGAAGAAAAGGGGGACGAAGGUCGUGAGGGAGUCACUGGAAGAAGAGACCGACGCCCCCCCCAAAAACAAAAGAGCAAAAAAGAGCAUGAAAAAUACAGCAGCCACCCUGACACCAGCAGCUAACAGCCAGGCUAAGGAAACUCCAAAGACCACAGCUGCUAAGAGGCCUCUUCCCCCUACCCCUGAGCCGGAAGAGUUAAAGACUCCCAAAAAUAAGAAAAAGAAAGUCACAGAGAAAGGGAGUGCUGUGAAGGAAAAUACAACUCCAGUCAUUGAAAAGAAGAAGAAGAAGAAGAAGAAGAAGAAGAAGAAGGAGAAGAAGGAGGCUGCUAAAGCUGAAAACACUGUGAAAGACUCUGAAAUCUCAACUCCUGAACCGAGCCUUACACCAGAGACAACAAAAAACAGAAAGAAGAAAAACAAGCUGACAGAGAAAAAGGAUAAAAUUACAAAUUCAUUGAAAACACCUGUAAAAGCAUCAACAGGACCUGUGCCUAACACAGAAGUGACUAAGAAAAAGAAGUCCUCCAAAAAUAAAUAGUCCAAUGGUGAAAUUUCAGGAGAUGGUGGACAUCAUAUCCAGGGAAUGGAGUGGAGCUGCUGACGUCUGAAUCAAAGGACCACCUCGAUCACACUGGUGCCUGAGGUUUCAACCAAAAGAAGGGGAAACUGGAGUUCUGGCCUGUACAUGUACUUAAGGUUCUACACAUGUAUUUUAGGGAACAUCUGUAUUGUGUUACUAACAACAAAAUCUACCUUUUAACCAUAUUCUAUAAGCUUGCUAAACCAGGCAUGUAUUGACAUGAAAAAGGCAAAAUACUCAUACCAUCCUAUUUGAAGUGUUGAAUAAACUGGGUACAGUAAGGGCACAGUAACACAUUUGCAUAGCCUGAUGGCUUGUAAACCCAUCUUCUGUGUAUUUGCCAAGUCUUUGCUAAUGAUAAAACAAUCGUUAUCGUUAGGUAUUAAUAUAUGCUUGGUCUAGCGUGGCUGUCUAGAUAAUGUUGUAGGGUGUAGUACCUUUGCAUGUUGUGGGUUUUAUUUUCUGUUCUUUAAGCUGUGAACACUUCCACAUAAUUUUCUGUGGAAGGUAAGGGAUUCUUAGGACUCAUAUGGGGAACACUUGUAGCUAAUGUCACUCCAAAUACUGUACUAUGCACCUCACAAAUCCUAUUGCUGAGCCCACAGCCUUGUGUUUUAGCACUUAUUUUAGACCCAUACACCUAUGCAGAGGAAGGUUCUGGGGGACCGGAGGAGGAUAGAUGAUCUGACUGACUGGUCAGAGAAUUUGCUGAAUUCAAUGUUUACAAACCAGUAUUUCUGUCACAUUCUUGUGAAAACAAUUUGAACUUUUCUUCCGUUUGUCAUUUCUGAUUGUUCAUAGUUAAAUAAAAAUGAUCUCAAUCUG